CGUCUUCUCCUAGUGCUCCACCUGCAGCUCUCCAGCCCUUGUCGCGACGGUGCGUUUUCGUAGAUGCUUUGAGUUGACUUCCCUUCACCACGCCUUGUCUGCCAGCUCUGCGCUCUGGCUCCGCAGUCUACAUGAGACCCAACUCGAGUCCGCCGCAACAAGCUGAGCACAUACGGCACCAGUCGCUGACGCCCGAGAGCCCGCGCCCGCAAAACGUCCCGUCGCCCGCCAACAUUCCCAUCCUCGUAGAGCACAUGGAUGCGAACUAUAGUCAUGUCUCCCACAGCAACGACUCUGCCGCGCCCGCCCACAGCUCCCACGCGAACGCGAACACGUCGACGCCGUACUUCGCCGACCCGUCUUCGACCGCCAGCUUCCAGAGUAUAGGCGUACAAGGGGCAGGGCAUGAUGCGCCGGGCGCGUUCGCGCAGUCGGCUGCUUUUGGCGGCAGCAUGGGUACGCAGCCGCAUGAUACCUCUUCAAUGCAGAAUUUCACCUCACAGCUCCAGUCGCGCGCUGCGUCGGCGAGUGACGCGCCGCAGCCGGCUGCUCAAGGUUUUUCUUCUGCGUACCCAUACCCCCAUGACCAUGCCUAUGCUGCUCAGCAAGCGCCCGCCCAGUCUGCCCAAGGCGCUCACUACCAGACUGACGCGCACACUGGCUCCAAUGUUGACGUACAAGCCCUCUUGGACUCUCUGACACCUGCUGCCAACAAUGCGCCUGCAGCCCAAUAUGCUUCUGCACAAAUGUCCUCCCAGUCGCCGCAGACGCAGCACCAUGCCUCGUCGUUGCCCUCGGCCAUCAAUCUCCCUGCGAGACCACCUACCCAAGAUCAGCCCGCUACGCACCCCAACUAUAACCCCAGCGAUGACAUCAGAUCCUAUCACCCACAGAGUCAGCAAGCUCCCAUCGCCCAGCAGAGAGGCAAUGGAUCUCUUCAGCCCAUGAAUGUGCAGAGUCAGGACUAUUCCACGUCCAAUCAGGCUCAGCAGCAGCCGGGUGAUCGAAGCGAAACGCCCGACGAUGAGGAUCAGCGGUGGCCGCCCGAGGUCAACAGAAGAUACGAGGAGUUUUUGGAUCAGGAGAGGAAGUUUGUGACGGAGGGGCAAUGGGACCAGUUUCCCAUGGGUUCGCGUCUGUUCAUUGGAAAUCUCCCCACCGAAAAAGUCACCAAGCGAGACAUCUUCCACCGUUUCUACCGCCACGGCAGGCUUGCGCAGAUAUCAAUCAAACAGGCAUAUGGCUUUGUCCAGUUCUUGGACUCGGAAUCAUGUCGCAGAGCUCUGGAUGCCGAGCAAGGGCAGGCAGUGCGCGGGAGGAAGAUGCACCUUGAGAUCUCCAAGCCUCAACGCAACACGAAGAAGAUCGAGCCGCCGAACCCAACACCGCGUCGACGUUCACGUUCGCCAGAUUAUAAUAGGGGCGGUACAGGACCGGCACCUAGGGAAAGUCGUUAUGUAGGGCAUCCAAACUCCAUGUCCCCUAGGGAUCGACGUUUUCGUGAUCGGGACGAUUAUCGGCCCAUGCGAUCGCCUUCGCCGCGAGCCCCGCCUCGGGGCGUACGCUCGCGGGACAGAAGCCGGGAUAGGUUUGAUACGCGAUACCGCAGCCGGUCCAGAACACCACCGCGCAGGCACAGAAGUCCAUCCCCGCGUCGCGACUAUACAGAGGAUGGAUUGGACCUACGGCGCCGACUACCCCACGAGGUGCCUGACAUCCAGAUUCUUGUGCUCAACGAAGGUCUCCCUCGUGACUUCAUCCGCUACGUCGAAGAUACUUUCCGCUCGCAAAAUCUCCGUAGUAACGUUCUGAUAUUGAGUGGCCGGUUCCCUGAACCAGCUGUAGUCCGAAGACAGAUCCUUGAGGGAGUUUUGGCCAUUGUGAGGCUUGAUACUACCGGCCUUACCAAGGGCAAAGUUAGCGUCCAGAUAUUCGACCGACGUGGCGGUGCAAACAACGUCCAGUUCAACGAAUAUGCCGAUCUUGACCCCACGACCGCUGGCCUCCUCGUCAAUAAUGCCAAACAAAGCCAAUCUCGCCCGGUCCUGCCACCAUCAUCCUCGUACGGCUUCGCUCAGACCCUACCUCCGCACUUUGCCCAGCCAAACAACCCCUUUCCAUCCCUGCCGACCAGUCAGCCGAACAUCUCCAACCUCAUUGCAUCUCUCGACGGUGCAAGCUUGUCUCAGCUCCUCGGCGCAAUGUCCGGCAAUAAUAUGCCUCAGAAUACGCAACCCACGCCGAACCAGGGAUUGAAUGCUGAUCUUGCACGCCUGUUGGCUCAAGUGCCUAGCCCUGCGCAAACACCUGGCUUCAGUGCCCAGGCCCAGCCGCAUCUCGCACAGCUGGGCAACCAAUUCCCCGCGCUUGCUUCUCUUUUCGCCAACCAGAGCCAGGCUGUCGCUCCACCAGUGCAGACACCUACUCAAGCCGGUCCCGCGCCGGAUAUGUCUGAGAUCAUGGCCCAACUGGCCCAAUAUCAACGCUAAAAGUCCCAUUCCGUAUAUCCAGAAGCCUAGACACCAAACACGGCUGUCUCGAACCUUUCCAACAGAUAAACUCGACAUUACUACAAUAGCCCAAAUCCUGUAUACCGCUCCUUCCGCACAUGUAUCGACAUGGUGUAUGUCCAACCGACCAACCCCGACUGCGCCCUUUACCCAGCCCUUGCAAAUAGCCAUGUAUCUUCCACGAGCCAGCUCAUCGAACAAACAGUAACCCAUUCUGGACCCAUGCUAUCUGCUUGGCCAUAACUGGUGAAGCUCC